GCUCCGGCGCGGCCAUGGAGCUGCGGCGCUCGCUGUCCGCCAGCGCCGAGGCGGAGAAGCCCAUGAGGCGCUACGGGGCGGUGGAGGAGACGGCGUGGCCGGCCGAGCGGCUGGGCAGGAAUCAACUCGACAUCAUUUCAAUGGCUGAAACAACAAUGAUGCCUGAGGAAAUUGAGCUAGAGAUGGCAAAGAUCCAGAGACUUCGGGAAGUCUUAGUCAGAAGAGAAUCAGAACUCAGGUUUAUGAUGGAUGACAUCCAGCUGUGCAAAGACAUUAUGAACCUUAAGAAAGAGCUGCAGAAUUUGGUAGCGAUCCCAGAAAAAGAAAAAACAAAGAUGGAAAAACAAAGAGAAGAUGAACUGAUUCAGAAAAUCCACAAACUGGUACAAAAAAGGGAUUUUCUUGUAGAUGAUGCGGAGGUGGAAAGAUUACGAGAGAAAGAGGAAGACAAGGAGAUGGCUGAAUUCCUUCGAACCAAGUUAAAACCCUUAGACAAAGCAACCCAAUCUCCUACCAGUACGCCCGCAGAAAAGAAGGCAGAGCCUCCUCCAAACAAGCCCACCAUUGCCAAGGCGGGCUUGGCUAUUAUUAAAGAUUGCUGUGGGGCCACACAAUGCAGCAUCAUGUAGCUCUGGGUUCUCUACCAUGUCUGUUUUCUGUUUUCUUUUCAAAUGUUUUCGUUGAAUGAAACUGUAGGGUGUGGGGUUUUAUCAGCAUCCUGAAAAACAACAAGAACAACUGUGAUACAAUCAAUAUAUGGACUGUAUGAUGGCAGGUUCUUCACUGUUGCAUGGAUCACUCAAUGUGCAUGCCUAAAGACAAAACAAACCUAUAUAGUGGCUAUCCAGUGACCAGAAAAAAAAAAUCUGAAAUAGAGACCACAAAAAAACACCCGUGAUAAAAAAGAGUGAGAAAGUGACACAUUUCACCAACUAGGAUGUAGAUCAGCAGUUUUAAAGAGGUCACCACCUUAUAAGAAUGUUAUAYACAUUUGCCCCUUGGCAAACAGCACUCAGACAUUUGCUGGAAUAUCCCAUUUUAACUAAUUUUCAAAACAAAAGCCACAAGUAGUUAUGCUGUAUAUAAUGCAACCAAUAGAUGAAAUAAAUUUAGAAUAACUGAUGUUGUAUACAAAAUAUUUAUCAAACUAGUGUGAUGUUCAACUACUUUGCUGUAGAGUUUCACUUCCAAUCUUCCUAAAGAAUGACUGUCAGUAACAAGGAUGCUGCAAGUAGAUGUACCUUGUGUCCUAUAUGACUUCUGAAUUACCCGAUCCAAGUAAGUAUUGCUUGCACUAAGGAAAAAAAAUCUCUAGUUUAACUUUAGCAAACACUCCAAAGCUACAUCAUGUAGAACUUCAAACAUCAAUUACAUAUUUAAUGACUUGGAGAUACAUAUGCUUUCAAGCACAGAAAGGCAGUAGCCAUCCAAAGUGCCCCCAAGGCAAGUAUAAUAAAUACAAAAGUAACUAUUUAUGASAGAAAAAAAGGUCACCAACUACACAAAGUGAGCUUAAAACUAAGAAAAACAGUUACCUGUGUUUCACCAUUUAACACAUUUCUGGUCUCUGCAGAUUAAGUCUUGUCAUUCCCAAUAUCUUUAUAUUAGCUGUCAGUAGGUGGUAUGUCUGUGUGAUAGUAUUACAUAUAAAUGUAUUGUGAUGGGUGUAAAGAGUAAAUAAAUGAACAUGAUCUAAUGUGAAAACAAUCUCAGACUUAGAAACAAACAGCUAGCAAGGAGUUCYAAAGUUUUCCAAGAGGAACCUCCAUUUUAUGAAGGCAGCUAAGAUGUGCAUCUAUGUACAAAGAAGCCACAGUUAAAGGGGCAAAGAGGGGAUAUCAAUCUGAACAUUAGUCACCCAAAAAAACAGUAACAUUAAGGAGUACCUUACUAAGGCUCAAGGAGAUAGCAGGUAAGUCAGAGUACUCCGGUAUGAAAUACAAAUCCACAGCACUGGACUGAUGCAGUGAGAAGCAUUUUCUUCCCCAGAACUCCUUGUUUCUGUAUCGUGCACACACACUUGAGAACAGAGCUGUCACCGCAAGGUCCUAUGGCUCCAGCAUCAAGAAGGAGCAAGAACAAAGUGGUUUCCACCAAGACACGAAGCAGUCUGUGUACUUUGACUAAAGAUUCAGAAUAAGGGACAAUAUAUACAACAAAAACUGGACAGACAUACACAGCUGCAGCAACCUUGCCCAGAGAGAAGUUCACUUGUAAUCCUGUAGCUGUACCUAGCAUGGGUUUGACAGGUUACAGCAUACAUAUAUUGUUAUAUAUAUAUUAAUUGGCAUACAGCAUUACAUAUAUUAAUAGGAUAAGGAAAACAGCAUAGCUUUUAAGUGAGAGCACAAACUGGAAGGGAGGAAAUGGACACUGGCUUCUGGGUAAUUCAACAGCCUCUUGAAUUCACUGGUACUCAGUUAAGGCAUGAGAAUUAUUAGUAUUUUCAGGCAAAAURAACAGCAGUUURGAAAAAACACUGUUGUAAAACAUCAAACUUAAGCCUCAGCAGGAUCAGCUGUUAUGACCAAGUAGUGUGAGCRCCCAUGAAUAAGCAAAGGUCUAAAGUCUGGGGAAGAAAACAGAAAUCAGUGGAGUUUCACCAGUAGAACAUAGGUUGGGCUGAAGCAUUUGCUAACAGAAAAGAUGAACCCAUUUUUAAGAUUCAACAGUGACUAGAUUACAGAGUCCCCUCUUAAUUAAAAUGGAAAAAAGCACAGCAAGUAUUAAUAUCACUCCCAUACAGUUAGAAAUAUACAGAGAUAUAUACAUACUAGAGAAUACAUAUACAGAGAAAAUAUCAACCAAGUAUUUAMGUGGCUACAUUGAACAACUGACACCAUCUCAGCAGAUCUGAUUCAGGUGUCUGUUACUGUCUGCAAACAGGGACACUGGCCAACUGGAACAAUCAAAGUGGUUUCCAUAAACCCUGACUGUUAACCACUG